AUGAGGAAACUGAGCCUCAAAGAAAUGAAAUGUCUUCCCCAGGACCACAGAGCUACUAUCUUCAUGUCUGAGUCUAAGUCAGAGAGCAUGGAGAUGAAGAAACAGAACCUGCCUUGCAGGUAUGAACAAUACCUCCAGCCCUGCAUAGUGGAGCUGCUAGGAUCCGCUCUCUUCAUCUUCAUUGGCUGCCUCUCAGUCAUCGAGAACGUUGAAGGGGUUGGUCGUCUGCAGCCUGCACUGGCCCAUGGGCUGGCCCUUGGCCUCACCAUUUCCAUUUUGGGGAAUAUCAGUGGCGGUCAUUUUAAUCCAGCUGUCUCCUUGGCUGUCGUAUUGAUUGGAGGCUUGAAUUACAUGAUGCUCAUCCCAUAUUGCCUCUCCCAGCUGUGUGGUGGGAUCAUAGGAGCUGCUUUAGCCAAGGCGGUGAGUCCAGAAGAGAGAUUCUUAAAUGCUUCUGGAGCAGCCUUUACAACCAUUACAGGGGAUGAACAGGUGGGUGCUGCUAUGGUAGCUGAGUUCAUCAUGACAUUGUUCUUGAUUUUGGCUGUCUGCAUGGGAGCCAUCAAUGAGAAGACGAAGAGCCCACUGGCUCCAUUCUGCAUUGGCUUCACCGUGACUGUGGAUAUCCUGGCAGGAGGGGCUAUAUCUGGAGCCUGCAUGAAUCCUGCCCGAGCUUUUGGACCUGCAGUGAUAUCCAACUACUGGCAAUACCAGUGGGUCUACUGGCUGGGGCCUCUGGCAGCUAGCUUGACUGCAGGAACCCUGAUCAGGAUUCUCAUUGGGGAUCAGAAAAUCCGCCUGUUUCUAAAACACCUGUGA